CUGGUUUGCCCGUCCUGGUUGAGCUGUCCAGGUACUGUUCAGAGAUCAUGUUGACCUUCCGCCUCGGAAAUAACAAACACGAACAGAUUUUUUUCUACUGAAGUACACGGCCGUGUAAAUGUUAUCUGUUUGCUUUAAAUUCAUAACGAUAUUGACAUGGCACUCACGUGAAUGUUAUGUUCAGCAUAUAUAAUAUAGUCUGCACGAAACAGUUGCGCCUUCACAUGUUCCCGGCUUGCCAACGAGUGCAGUGCCAGACAUAUCCCAACAUUGGUUGAUAUACUUACUUUAUUGAAUUUAGGAUGGACCUCUCUGACGUAACAUACGACUACAACGACCAGUUCAAAGUGACAUCUGACGUCAAAUCGGCCUUUGACCGCCAUGGGCUGAUUAUAUUAAGGAAUGCCUUGAGUCCAGAUGAAGUCCGUACGACGAACAACUUUCUGGAGAACGACCAGGAGCGACUGAGCGAAGCUUACGGCCGGACCGACGAUGAGGGUCGAAGGGGCAUGAUGACCUUGUGGAAUGACCCCAAGGAUGACAUCACAGGUCUCAUCAGCAGGUCAGAGAAGAUCGCUGGUACUAUGGAAGCGCUUCUUGGCGGGGAAGUGUAUCACUACCAUGGCAAACUCAUGCUGAAGGAGGCGAGGACUGGUGGAAAACACGUCUGGCACCAAGACUACGGCUAUUGGUACCGGAACGGCUGUCUGAACCCCGACAUGGGAUCUGUAUUUAUAGCUAUCGAUAAAUGCGAGAAAGCCAAUGGAUGUUUGGAGGUGAUCCCCGGCUCGCAUCACAUCGGCCGAGUCGACCACAGCUUCGUCGGCGAGCAGACCGGCGCCGACAUGGAGCGCGUCGAGUGGGCCAGGAAGAAGCUCGGCCACGUGUUCGUCGAGAUCGAGCCUGGCGACGCCAUCUUCUUCCACUCCAACGUCCUCCACGCCAGCGGGCGGAACGACAGCGACAACCGUCGAUGGGUCCUCAUCGUCGCCUACAACCGUGCCGACAACGAUCCCGUGUACGAGCACUGCCACCAUGCUCACUACACACCGCUCAACAAGAUACCAAGCACUGAAAUACUGUCAUCUGUCAACGGCGUGAAGGGAUAAUCAUAUGGCGCUCGUUCUUGUUCUUGAACUAAAAUAAUGACCGGAAGGUUAGCUUAGAGAGGUUCUAGGACAAUUACCCCCUGGGCAAUCACCCCCGGAAAAUUACCUCCG